AUGGGUGAUAAACGCGUUAGAGGUAAAAAUUUCACCGAAAGAGAGAAAAAUAUGCUUUUUGAACUAGUUACGGCCGAUUUUAAAAGUGUCAUAGAAAACAAGGAGUCAGAUGCUAUAACCGUGGCCAAAAAAAAUUUGGCAUGGCAGGAAAUUGCCCAAAGUUACAAUGCACAGUGUGAAACGGGGCAUCGCACUGCCAAACAGUUGCAUGCCUUGUAUGAUAAUAUGAAGAAAACGGCGCGCAGCAAUUUAUAUUCCGACAAGAAAAGUUCAUACAAAACAGGCGGGGGCACAUUUGUACCUAAGAGUACUGCCCUGGAUGCGAAAAUAGUAACAGUUUUAAAGGACCAAUUUCAACCGCUCCAGAACAAAUUUGAUUCUAGUGCCAGCUAUAUCGAAGGGCAACCAAAACCAAGUUGUUCUGGAUUCAAUAUGACAGAAAAAUACAACAUCGAAGACUGUUCACUUGAAUCUGCGGAUGCACUAUCAGAUGACACACCUAACACACCAGGACGGGUUGAGGUAACGAGAACUUCACCUACUGAAUCCGUAGCUUCUGCAACUCCUUCUCCCCCUCCUCAGCAGCCAGUCAAAGGAAGAGCAGCCCAAAAACGCAAAUUCCAGAUGCAAUCAGUGCAAGUGCCUAAAAAAAGAAGCACCUGCGCUGAAACCAUUUCUAACAGAUUUGUAAGGCGCAAAAAUUACAAAGAUAUGCAAGACGCCGAAGUGCAAAAGUUAAAGAUUGACAUUUUAAACAUCGAAAAGGAGUUAAAAUUAAAACAACUGGCCGUUGUACAACAACAAUUGGACAACGAUCGAAAACUGUUUGAACUAAAUUUUCAACAUAGAGUGGAGGAAAUUCGUUUUGAGCGAAAAAUGCGGCAAAUGAAACUUAAUAGGUUGCAAGCAGCAGAGGAAGAUGUAUAG